AUGCACAGUCCAACAAAGAAGAAGAAGCUUGCCGCCGAAAUUCAUAGCAAAGGACUAAGGAUGUUUGUCAUUUGCGCUCAUGGUAAAGUUCGCAUGGAGUGCCUGCGUUUAAUGCUUCAGAAAGGCUUCACAGACAAAAGCCUUCCACUCAAAGAGUUCCGUCUCGGGAACAAAUACUUUGAACAUGACUUCAAAAAAUUCAUCGAAAGUCAAUCCAUCAUUGACAUCAUUGACAUCAGUGUACCAGCUUGGUCGGCCUUGACCCCAGGAUCCUUCGUGGGCAACAUCGUCGCAACGGAUGAGCCACUACCAAUGCAGUCGGAAGCAUAUUGUGGCGAAGGAGCAGCCGCUAUAGUAUGGACCUGCAGGUUCGACACGAUGCACCAGGACAAUUUCAAAGCAGGUAACACGAGUAUCGCGGACAAAACACUUAGCCACCGCCUGGCUGUGAAGGUGUUCUCAGAUCAUGUUCAAGCUAAUCGAGAGCGGUCCUUUGUGGACUUUCUUGAGAUGAACCAAAUACAGCACGAACACGUUGUCAAGUUUCAUUUUGGGUUUGAAUACAGAGGCAAGUAUCAUCUCGCCAGUCAGCUCGCUGAGCAGUGCUUAACAGAUCGAUUCGCGAAAACAGAGUCCAAUAUCCAUGACCGUCCCUGGCUUCGACUGCAGAUCACCGGUCUCGUAGACGCGCUGAAGACCAUUCAUGGACCGACAAACGGAUGCGUCCUCGUUGAGCUUUGCGUCUGGUAUUUCCACGGCUGGGUCCCCAACGGACUUCUCCAACUCAAGAAUGACAUCACGGAAGCGAAAAACAACCACAGAUUAUGCUGGUUCAUCGAAACACCUUUGAGUGAUGAAGAACUACAAUCCGGAGUAGUAGCUGUAUCGCCAAGACCAUUGGUUCUUGUCGAUGCAGUGCUCCGAAAACUGGAGGCGUUGAGAGAGCAGAAUACUAACAUGAGCAAAGUGGUCGAUGUCCUGUCCAAAAUGCUUAAUAUCGAUCCUGUUUCACGCAUCACGGCCGCUAGAGCUUUCGCAGAGCUCAAUGCUAUCCCAGUGGAUUGGGAAGCAUGA